AUGUAUAAUUCUCCUAGACCUGAAGUAACAAAAGGUAAUUUCAAUUUUUUUGGAUCUUUUUAUUCAAAAUAUGCAAAUAGAAAUGUUAAUGAUGGUAUAAGUUCCUGUGAUAAGUCAGCAACAAAUAAAAAAUCAUCAAAUAAGAAUAAAGUUACCUCAAAUCAAAAUAUAUCAAAGAAAAAUGAGUUAUUUAAGGAAGCUGAAAAAUUUUAUGAUUAUACUAAAAACCUUUAUAAAUCUUUGAAGUCAUUUUAUAAUACUCCACUUAAACAUAAUGAAGGAAAUAGAGAUAAAUUUUUAGAUAAUGAGUAUUUCUCAAGUGAACAUUCUUCUGCUUCUAUAGAGUGUAUAAGUAACGCAAAAAAUAAAAAAUAUAAUAAAAAAAUACUUAAUAAUGAAGAUGAUAGAAACAAUAGAUGUAUUAAUAAUUUGAACGGUAUAGAAGAUAAUAAAUCUUCUAAAAAUAAGAAUUUAAAAAAACAUCAGAAAAUCAUAAAAGAAAACUAUAAAACAGAAAACAGUCGUAAUUUUGAUAAUACAGAUUUAGUUAGAAUUACUAAGCACAUGAAAAAAAGAGAAAAUGUUAAUUUAUAUAAAAAUAAAAAGGAGAACAAUGAAAAUGAAAAAAAAAAAAAAGAAAGAAACUCAGAAAGUAAUAAAGAUAAAGAUGAUAUAAAUGAAGUAGAGAAGAAAGAAAAGGAUGAUGGAAAAGGAGAAGAUGAAGACGGAGAAAUUGAUCAGGAUAAAGGAAAAGAAAAAGAUAUAGAAGAAGAUCCUAUAGAACAAAAAACAGAUGAAGCUUCAGAAAAGGAACAAGAUGUUGAAGAGGAAAAUAUUUGUGAAAAUGAAAAAAAUAGAUACAGAAAUAUUGAAAAAAAUCUUUAUGAUGAAAAGGUAUUUUAUUAUGAAAAAUUCUUAUUAAAAAAUUAUUUCACUAAGAUGUUAUCAGGAAUAUCAAAUAACCAUGAGGAACAUUCAAAUUGUAAAAAAAAAACUAUUCAGAAUGAUAAUAUUGUUUUCAAUUUUACGAAACCAGAUACAUGUAUAAAUUCUUGUAAUUCUCUAUAUGGAAUGAAAGGCCAUUUUGAUAGCACAAAAAUUAAUAGUGAUAAUAUGAAAAGUAAUCCCAAUAAUAUUAAAUUAAAGAAAACAGUAGACAGGUAUCCUCAUUUAAUGAAUAAUAUAUUAGAUGAAAAUGUAAAUUUUGGUAAUUGCACAAUUAAUGAAGAUAAUUGUAUAUAUGAAUUAGGUAAUAAAUAUCUCAAAAGUGAUUCAUUAAUAAAUAAUAAUGUUUAUCCACAUAUGAAGAAAAUAAAUGAUGAAAAUAUUUCUAAGGAAAAUAAAAAGAACAGUAAUUCAAGCAUAAAUCGUCAAUAUUUUACUGAUUUAGAUAAAACAAAUGAAGAUAAAUGCGAUGACUCUGAAAUUAGUAAUAUUCAAAAAAAUUGUAGUAUUUUGGCUAAUAAGGAGAAAUAUAUGAACUUAAAUAGGAAAUCAGAAAACGAAGAAAAGAGGUUCAACAACAAUCUUUCAAAUAAAAACAAUUAUUAUAUAAAUGAUUAUAUAAAUGACAAAAAACUAAUCAAUAAUCAAAAAUAUUUUUUUAAUAAAAAUUAUGUAAAUAAUAACAAUUCUUCCCAUAUUCCAUGUAUAAAAGGAAAUACACCAACAUAUUAUUCAUCAGUUCAUAAAUUACAAAAAAAAAAAAAAAUUUGCUUAAAUGAUAAUAUUAGUGGUUCACCUUUGACGAAUAAUUUUCUCCUAGAAAAUUGUUUAUUGAAUAAAAAUAUAACAGAAAAUGAUAAUUUUUACUUAAAAAAAAAUUAUUUUUAUAAUAAAUUAUGUUAUGAUAGUAACAUUGGUAAAGUAAAUAAUAAUAAAGUUAACAAUUUUAAUUAUUCAUUUAAGAAAAAUUAUUUCUUCAAUAAAGGAUUAAGUAGAUUUUACAAAAAUAGAUAUAAUAACUUUAAUUAUACAAAGGAAUAUGUGCAUAGUAAAAGUAGGAGAUAUAAUCCAUUUGUAAAUAAAAUGACUAUUAAAAAACAAUUUUUUAAAAACCAAUAUGGUGAAAUGUGUAAAAUUAAUAAAAGGUGUGUUAAUUUCAACUAUAAAAUGUUUCAUAAUGAAAAAUCAAUGUUUAAUUACAAUAAGGAAAAAAAUAUGAAAAUUAUAAACGAAAAAAAGUGUUUGUGUUACAACUUGAGUAAUAAUAACAUUAAACGGGCAAAAAUAGUAAAAAACGUAUUUAAAGAUAAUGAAAAUGAUGAUGUAUUAGUUGCAAUUUCAAGAUAUGAACACUUUAAUAUUGCAAAUUUUAAAGAAAAUUUUAAUUUUUGUAAUAAUAAUAAUAAUAAUUUUUAUAUUAAAUAUAAUGAAAAUAAUAUAAAUGGGAAUUUAUCUGAUGAAGUAAAAAGAAACGAAAAUUUGUUAAAUGCUAUAAAUAAUAAAAACGUAACAUUAAAUAAUAUACAUAAUAUGAACAAGGAAAACACCCUUAAAU